GAUUUUCCCACAUGUGCGGUUUAAGGGAUUUUUGCAGAGAUGAGAGCAGUCCGUCUAACUGGAGGUCAGGACCGCUGCUCUGGUAAAGUGGAGAUCCACCGUAAUGGCAGCUGGGGAACGCUGUGUGAUAACUGCUGGAAUAAAGACAUGUCCUCCAUGGUGUGCGCCAUGCUUCAGUGUGGCACUGAGCCAGAGAAAUUCACCCAGUUUGUUCCUCCUCUCGCUCACAACAACGGGACACUGUGGUACUAUUCAUGCCCAAAAAAAGUGCAGAAUAUGUGGCAGUGCAUUGAGUUCGUCAACAAAACACACCUGUGCAUUUCCUCAAAAGCCUCUGGCGUCAUCUGUAAGGGUUCCCUAGGUUUUGCUGAAGCCACCACAGCAGCUGGGUCAACUGUAAUGACCAGUUGGACUACUGGUGUGACCCCAGUCAGUCGUACAGAAGGCUUCUCCUUCCCGUCUCCAGAGCUGCUCAGCACCAUGGCUCUGGCUCUCCUGCUCCUCGUGGUGCUCAUUACCAACUCAGUGCUGUGCUGCCGUUACAGGAGGAGACACGCGAUCUUGCUCCAGCAGACACGCAGCAACCCCCGAAUCCCCUCUGAACAUCAUAACAAUGGCUACCAGGACUCCGUCGACCUCGUCAAGGUCACUCCCAACCCACUGCAGAACAAAGUCCCCUCCAAUCCCAGGUAUCUGUGGACCCAGCAUAGUAGUGUUGACAGCUCGUCAGUAGAUACAGACUAUGAGCAGUAUGAGCAGAGCAAUGACCCGUCUGUCCCUUUAUCCACCUUUCGGAAUUCUCAGAGGUUCAGAACCGAAGUGAACCCUUUCAUGAGGCCUGCAGGUCUCCACAGCCUCUCUGAGGAAGCCCCUGAACCCUCAGAAGAAGUGAUGGGAACGUUUUCAGGCUGUAUCGGCGACGCAGACGCUCCGUACGCCAGAGUGUCGAAGAUGAUCUCAGUGGACUCGUUUGAUACGUCCAGCACCUCCUCAGGGGAGUGCUACGACAACACCAGCAAUAACUACAUCACCCUCCCCCCCGAACCAGAGCCGGGUCAGUCGUCUGGUGUCAGCGAUGCUUUGGACCCUUCACGUCUCGACUCCAACAAAGAUCAUCUUCACCCCGGGCAAACAGCAAACCUGCAGAGCUCAGAUGAUGAAGGAGACGGCCCCAUCUACUCCCCUGUGAGCCCCGACCAAAACCUCUCAUCUGAUGAUGACUACGAUGACAUUGGCACCUUGGAGUAACCGGAAGAGGUUACAUCUACUGAAACACAGUGGGACUGAAGCUGCAAACUGCACUGAAAAGAACAUGUACUUUAAGACCAAACACCUGUUUGAACUGAGAGAUUUAUAGUUAUAAAGAAGUCUAUACAUUGAGGUUAAAACCUGGAUAUACUUGAUUAAAACAGGGGAAUCUAGGGUACAUAUUUUAGCAGCAUAUAAAUGUCUCCGUUAUGUGCAGUAGUUCACAUCGAAAAGCCUUUGAAUAAAGAGGAACAUUUGGCCUCAGCAUAUACAAAUGUUCUUUUCUACCACAUUCUGACCCAGAUUUCAUGACCAAUUUUUGACCUGCAACUUACCAAAUGACUGUGAACCACUAUAAUAAGUUCAAUGUACUUACCUUGAUUAACUCCCUGUAAGUAAUCCAUCAUUAUGGACAUGGUGUUGCCUUUUUAGCCUGUUGUCAGAACAAACAGUUUGAAAAGACUUGAAUUGUUCUUUCCAUGAUGCUCAGACGUCCAUUGAGAUGUGGCUAUGCGAGCAUCACCCUCAUGCAUUCCUGAUCAAAAAGAAAACCAGGGGACAAAUGAGAGGAAUGUGGAUGCUUUGAAAAGGCCACCUGAUAUCAUUUUACAAAGAAAGAGCCAGUUCGCUGCAACUAUCAUUUUGAAAUGCAAUGAGUCUGAAUGAAAACCAAAGACUGCCUGGAAGGGGGAAAUCAAACUGAGGAUUCUUAAGGAGGAACAUUUGAGGAGUUCUUUGAAUGUAGAAGCAUCUGUAACAUAUGCAUGUUUUGUGUUUUUCAUAUACAGUAUUAUUUAAUCGAUGUUAGCAAAACAGUUUUCUUUAAUAACUAUUACAUUAAUGUGUGCCAAGUGGAUUUACAGUAAGUACAAGAAAACUACUGAGUUUGGUGCACUGCAUGGCCAACAGUAUUUGUACACAAACAUUACAUCCAAAUGUGAUUGUUGAAUUUGUGAUUACAAAAUAAUGGAUAUUAAUCUGCGGCUCUAAAAGAUGUUAGAUCUGCACGAGUUUUAUACCAUUCAAUUCUGUUAGCAUUAGUGAGGUCAGCACUGAUUUCGGACUGUAAGGCAAGAGAAAGGCACAUUUUUUAACAUUUCAUUUCAGUUAAAGA